CAGGUGUAUGCACGCGAGAACCUCCAUUUUAUAUUAUAACAGAAUUUAUGUCGAAAGGCAACCUAUUAGAUUAUCUUAGACAUGGUAACAAAGAACUGAUAAACGCUGUAGUACUUAUGUACAUGGCCACGCAGAUUGCAUCCGGAAAGUACCUAGAAAUAGAUGUUUUUAUUCAUAGUAAGGACCUGGCAGCACGUAACUGCCUGGUGGGUGAGAACCACCUGGUGAAAGUGGCCGACUUUGGUCUGGCGCGGCUGAUGCGCGAUGACACCUACACGGCGCAUGCGGGCGCGAAGUUCCCCAUUAAGUGGACGGCGCCCGAGGGACUCGCGUAUAACAAGUUCUCCACCAAGUCUGACGUGUGGGCGUUCGGUAUCCUGUUGUGGGAGAUAGCCACCUACGGAAUGUCUCCCUACCCAGGGGUCGACCUCACCGACGUCUAUCGUAUGCUAGAACAGGGAUACAGAAUGGACUGUCCACCUGGUUGCCCACCAAAGAUUUACGAACUGAUGCGAAAGUGCUGGCAGUGGGUGCCUGGCGAGAGACCCACCUUCCAAGAGAUACACCAUUCUCUGGAGAAUAUGUUCCAAGAGUCCAAUAUUAUCGAAGAAGUGGAAAAACAGCUGCAAGGCAGUCUGACGCCACAGUUGCCCUACAAGAAGCCCCACGCCGGGUCGACGGGCAACAUACAUAACCUAGUCCUAUUGGCUGAUGCAG